AUGAACGCGUUUGGAAUAUCAUCACUCUAUAUCAUUACGUCAAUAAUACUUGGAGUCUCAAACGCACAAAUUCCAUGGACAACAAAAUGUGUGAAUCAGUAUGAACUGACUUUUUUCAAUGAUACCCGGAAGAAUUACGAUGGAGCAAAAGCUGCCUGCGAAUCACUGAGAGGAUACUUGGCAAAAGUUGAUAAUGAAAGAAUGACGUAUGUCAUCAAUGCAACUUUCGAACUCGAUGAUUCAAUUAAUACCUACUUUAUAGGAGGUAACGACAGAACUACAGAAGGAUAUUGGAAAUGGCAGGAUGGUACUGACGUGAACAUGAGAGAAGGAGUAGGAUAUCAAAACUGGAGACACGGUCAGCCAAACAAUUAUGGUGCUGGGGAAGAUUGUUUGAUGGUGGGAAUAAACACUUACCAUUGGGUUGACAGCAGAUGUGGGGAUAAACUAUUUUACAUUUGUCAAUCAGGUUAA